AUGGAAGCGAACGGACCUGUAACCUGUCCUGUGUGUUGGUUGCACGCUGCAGUGGCGGCUGGCGUCUCAUCGCCCCAAGAGGAUGAGGACCUGGACGCAGACAGCUUCCAGGAGCAGUUCCUGUUGGAAACGCCUCCUGUCGGCUCUAGGCUCGGCUUCAUCGCCAUCCCUGAUGAGAGCGACGACGAGGAGGCGGCCAGAACGCCGCUCAGACCGUCCGCACCGCCCGCACCGUCGCUGCUGGUCGCGGAGAAGCGGGCCAUCUCUGCACGCGAGCACAAGAUGGACCAGAUGGGCGCCGAGUUCAAGUCGCCCACAUCCCCCGAGGAAGAGAAGGGCGCUGCGGACGAGAAGCACGCGGAGCACCGCAAGGACGUGGAUCGGCUGACGGGUGGCGUGGGCGACGAGGACGAGGCCAGCACCAGCGACGCCAAGAAGCACACCUCGCGAUCCACCAGCCCGGUCAGCAGAGUGGCGCAAACGCCACCCACCCUGGAGCUCGUCAUCGGGCACAAGAAGGUGCGCACGCGCGACGCCAGUGCCUCCUCGGAGAGCAGGGUCACCUUGUACGGCUCGCAGGACGUGGAGAUCUCCAUUCGGUCCGAGUCCCACAUCAGUGUCACCAGGAGGGAGUCCACCUCGACGUCCGCGCCGUGCGACGCUGACGUGACCGAAGAGACCGAGACGACCGUGCGCAGGGCGCCUGCGCAGCGCUCCAAGGCCGCCUAUAAGGACCAGUCCAGCCCCGAGAGCAGCGGAAUCUUCAUCCUACCGUCCAAGAAGGACCGCAAGAGGGAGGAGACGGUCCUGUUCAGCGGAGAGGAGAGCGUGUACCGUUAUGACCAAGGAGACGCCAUCGUGGCCUCUGUGGACAGUCCUGGCACGGACGAGAGCGCGUCGCAUCUCAUCACCGACACUGGAAUCAGCCUGACGCGAGGCACCACAGAGACCAGCCCAGCUCUGCAGCCAGCACGUGGCCGAGUGGACCGCGACGAGGAGGCGGAGGAGUCGGAACUAACUGAUGCCGGACUGAGUCCCAUACAACCUGAUGACAUCGGCCUGCCUGUUACGGACAUGAAAUUCUACGACGAGGAGGUGACUCUCGUUAGCUUUGCCGAAAUGGGUACAAGUCCACAUGACUACCAUAUCGAGUCUAGCUCUGUUGCGUUGUCCCCCAUAGAGAUUCCAACUUCAGAGGCGUCCGUUUACACGGACUCCAUCGACACGAAAGAUGCUGGUGUGAGCCCGAUUGGUUCGGAUGACGAAUCACUCAAGCAGUUGAGCUCUCUAUCGGCCUCUGCCCCCAUACCUCUUGAAUCAGAUAGUUACAUUGGUAAUUUGUCGGAAUCGAUUGGAACAGCAUCAGAGUUUGUUCGUGAUGUUGACAGGACAGGUGGAGCUAAUGACCAGGGAGUCGAAACACAAGCAAAAACAUUCAGAAGUGAGCUUGUUAUAAAUGUUGGUGCAGAUGAGGCUAUGUCAGCCACCAAAGACUUAAGCCCACCGAAGCAGUUGGGUCCUAAAGUGAAAGAAUUGCAAAAAGUAUUUUCCGAGUCAAUCGAAAAGGAUGACGUGAAACGGGUGGCCGACGAUGACUCAGAGGAAGAAAACCUGAGCUCACACCCGGGCGUGUUUAAAAUUGUUGAAGAAAUUGAAGACAGCUUGGGGACACCCAAGCACGCACGGCGCUCCAGCAGCAAAGACAGUCCUCCGAGAGAUUUGGGCCUCCAGUUAACUUCUCAAGAAGAAAGUCCUGUGGAACUUACUGAAGCGGAAGAAGUUCUGACUCGACUUGAACACUUGUACCCCUCUUCGACAGCAGAGGUGCCAGGUGGACAGGGCGAGUUAAAGAAACCAUCCCACAGUGUUACGGAAACCACAAUUUCAAAAGAAAUCGCUUUCUCCAGCACAGAGCAGUCUUCUGUUGAAGUUACUAAGAUAGAAGCACAAAGAGAGAGUACGAAAUUUAUAACCGUUGAAACUGUUCGUGAAGAUAUUAAAAAGGAGGAUCUUCUUGCAAGCUCAGUGAUCAUAUCAAUCGACAAAACAACUCACGAGAUUAGCCAGGUGGGCACCACAAAACAAGAAACAAAAACAGAAUCUUCUUCAGUGGAACAAAACUUAACAACGGCUGUGGACGCAAUGGAAAAGCUUCGAGAAACUGUAAUCAAAGGUAUUUCAGAAUCUUCUGGAUCUGAGAAGGAACAAACCGAAACCAUUCAUGUGUCGCAUGCUGAAACAACGUCUUCUCAUAAGUCACCAACUGAAGUAAAAGACUCAUUGCUAGCGGCACAAGAAACUCUGCAAAGAAUCCAGCAGACUCUAGAUGCAACAGACUCUUCAUCUUUAACAACUGCUGCUGGUGCUCAAGAACCAUUACAGCUGUUACCUGAGACGCCGCGUGAUCUUGAAACAAACCUUGCGUCUGCGAAAGAAACCCUUGAGAGAAUUCAGAAGUCCUUGGAUGACAGAGUAACAGAGAGAAGAGACGAUAAGAAGGCACCUGUGGGCCGCCUAGCUCCAGACGGCUCACCCGAAGUGUUAUCACCAAGCGCACAAGUUGAAGAAGACUCUGCAAGCACGGAAAGCUCCGCGACCCUAUCUGUGCUAGAAGUCAAGAGUGAAGCCAGCACUCACCGAGACACAGUUGGUCCUAGCAUUAAGGAUGCCCCUAAUGUUGAUGAAUCCCUUGAUGUAGGAUUUGGUAAAAAAGACCCAGGUGACCCCAGACCACGUAGCUUACAAAAAGGUUCAGAUAAUGUCGUAACCGAAAGAGAUGUAUCAGAUUUAAUGUCUGAAGUGGCUGAAUGCACUAGACAGAUAAAGCAAGAGGUCCGCCAGUUGAAACCAGACUUGACUCCAACACCAGAAGGGGCAGACUUAGGAACACUCAAUUUAGCUUUAGCAAGGGCAACGGGCAUGUCGUUAAUACCAGAAGUAACCAGCCAACAAGCCUCUGACUCACCGUCUACUAAAGGUGAAGUGGCAGAGGACGUAGACGUUGAUACUAGACCACGUUCAUCUCCUGAUGAACCCACGGUUCUGAGUUCAAAUGUUGGCACUGGCACUCCAUCUGAAUCUACACCAGAUGUAGAUCCAGUCUUGGAAUCGCUUGAGGCAGUAAACAAAGAAAAAGUUGAUGAAGGUUCUGAGAAGGGAGGUGAUUUAGCUGAUGGUAUCAGGGUCAUAGAAAGUGAGCUCCGUUCCGCUCUUAUUGUUGGAGUUGCUGUAGGUCAGUCAAUGGCCGUUGACGCCGCUUCGAUCUCAUCAAAAGAUACUUCAGAAAGUAAAGGAAAGACUUACGUACAUUUAGUAAAAGGUGAAAAGGACAAGGUGAAUGAUGUUAUUAAGGGGUCGGGAGACAAAGAGAUACAUAAAAGCAUUUUGUCAGUACUGCCAGAUCUUAAAGUAACUACAGAUCAGGAUAUUGCAAGUAAGUUUGAUGAAAAGUUAGAUAAACUUGCCCGUGACACAGCGACUGCAGCUGAAGAAGUUGAUAGAGCACAAAAAGAGGUACAAGAUAGUAUUGCAGAUGCUGAAAGCGCAAUAAAAAGUUUAAAGGGGGACUCCUUUGACAUUAUGAGCCCUAUUGAUGAGGCACAAAAACAUGUAGACAACACUAAUUUAGAUGGAAAAAUACUUUCUAAGCCUGUCCAGCUAGAUACGUCGACAGUAAGGACGGUAACGCAGAGUCUACUGGACGCUGAAAGAGGACUUACUCUUGACAAAACUACUGAAACAAAUUCGCAAAUUAUUGAAGAAACACGACGUGGAAAGGAUGAGUUAGUUGCCGUUGGUAACACUGGGUCCGCGCUUGCGCAAGCCAACUUAGAAUUACAGAAAGAAAAAGACGUAAAAGAUCAAAAAGUAAAGAAAGAAAUGUUGAAAGCCGCGGAAAUUCUCCAAAAAGAAACAACAGACAAAACUGACGAACAAAUUAUAAUUGAAGUCGAAGAAAUAUUAGAAAAAGAUAUUGAAAUGCCUGCUGGCGAUUCUCAAGAAUCUACCCCAGAGGCGAGGCACAAAAUAAGAGGGAAGGUCAAAGAGGCUAAACGUGCUGUAGGAGGUUUCUUUGGGUCCCUUAUGGGCCGCUCUAGGGACUCAGAUUCCGAACAAGAAAGCAGUGACUCCCAAAGACAUCCCGCUCCCAAAAAGUCGAAGAAAAAGAAGCGGGAAAAAGAUAUUAAAGAAGAAGUAUCUACCUCAGAAACAGUAGAAAAAGAUGCAAAACCAAAUACCUUACCAGAAACAAAAGACACUGCACUAGAUGAUAGACAAAUUACACAAGCGUUCCUUAAGAACGAGACAGAGAUGUAUGAACCCAGUAGAGAUGACUUAUUGUUUGCAGACGACGCAGACGAACAGCAAAAAUCGGGUGAAACCGUAAAAGCACAACAAACUGAACCAGAAGAACAGAAACAGGAUCACGGAAAGCACAAAAAAGAAAAGGAACCUAAGAAAAAGAUAAGUUUCUUUGGGGCUCUUAGAGGAAAAAGCAAAGACUCUGAUGAAAAAGAGCAAAGCAUGGACACAAGCAGCAAAGGAGCAGAAACAAAGCACACUGAAACACAAGAAAAAAUAACAACAGAAAACGAGAGACAGGAACAAGAAAAACAGCUUCCCAACUUAGAUGCAGAUAUCGUAACUGACUUAAAAGCAACGCAAGACUUCCUUCAAACAGAGCAAAAGCUCUACGUUCCAGAAAAACAAGGGCACACAGAUGAAAGGGAAUCAAUAACCGUGACACCAGACACAAGCUUACAAGCAACAGAAAUCAUUGAUGAAACUCAUGACAAAGAUAAAAAAACAGAGGACACUAAAAUCAAAGUGAAAGAGGCUAAAAAGUCAGUAAGUGGAUUUUUCGGGUCUCUUCUGAGCAAAAGUAAGGAAAGUGACGAGCCUGAAGCAGACAAAGAAUCGGAACCUAAGAAAACGGGCAGGAACAAAAAUGAAAAUGCAGAAGGGGAUGGUCAAGAUACAGAUAUCAGAGCACCAAAUGGAAGUGAAAAAGAGAGUUUGUCAAUCCACAUAGAAACUACGAAAACUUUUCUUGCGAACGAACAAUCUGCUUACGUUAAAGAAACAAAUGAAACAAAAGUACCAUAUUUAGAGGAAACAAAGGUCGAAACACAUCAGAAGAAAGAAGAGACCGAAAAAAUUGGCAAAGAAAAACAAAAAGAAUUAAAGAAACCUAGUGGCGGAUUUUUUGGAUCACUUUUAGGGAAAGGAAGAGAAGCCACUGAUAUAAGCCAGAAAGACAAAAAGACAGGAGAUAAAUCCAUAAAAAAGCAAGGUGGAGACAUAACCACGCAACACACAGUAAUACAAGCAGAAGAAUUAAAACAAAAACAAGAAAAUACAGAAACAACUGUCAGCAGGGACAUCCAAACCAUAUCCGAAACCAGCGAAAUACCAAGAACACAGAGGGAAAGCCCAGACCAAGAGCAAGUCGCAAAAGCAAUGACCGUAUCAGACACCACAGAUGACACUAAAAAGAACAGAACAAAAGACAACCUCGAAAAAACACGAAUGUUCCUUACAAACGAACAAGAGUCCUACGUAAAGGACGAAACGAUAAGUAAGACAGACAAAAAGGAUCACACCGAAGAAGUAAUAACAGGUGCUACAGACAGCGUCGAACACGAGAAGGACGAGCUAGGCAAGAAGAGCAAAAGUAAAGUCAAGGAUGCCAAGAAAGCUGUGGGUGGCUUCUUCGGCUCACUCAUGGGCAAGGGCAAAGAGGCAGUAGACACCGUUAGCGAGAAAGUAGAGGAGACCGCCAAGGACGCUUCCGAGUCUGUGACAGCCGAAGUUGCGGACCUGUCUCAGAAAGUUGAAGACAAGGCUGACAAAGUGAAAGCGGCAUCUUCUGAGGUUGCCACUGACGUUAAGGACGCAGCUGAGGCAGUCACGGACGGCGUCAAAUCUGGGGUGGAAACGGCUGUUACCGCUGUAGACGAUGUUGUCACGGGCGCCGAAAAAGCGGUAGACGAAACGGUUGAGGAAGGCAAGGAGCUGGUGCAUGAUGUCAAAGAUAGUGUGGUGGAAGCAAAGGACCACACCGUGGAAGCGCUUACAGCAGCUAAAGACAGCGUCGAACACGAGAAGGACGAGCUAGGCAAGAAGAGCAAAAGUAAAGUCAAGGAUGCCAAGAAAGCUGUGGGUGGCUUCUUCGGCUCACUCAUGGGCAAGGGCAAGGAGGCAGUAGACACCGUUAGCGAGAAAGUAGAGGAGACCGCCAAGGACGCUUCCGAAUCUGUGGCGGCCGAAGUUGCGGACCUGUCUCAGAAAGUUGAAGACAAGGCUGACAAAGUGAAAGCGGCAUCUUCUGAGGUUGCCACUGACGUUAAGGACGCAGCUGAGGCAGUCACGGACGGCGUCAAAUCUGGGGUGGAAACGGCUGUUACCGCUGUAGACGAUGCUGUCACGGGCGCCGAAAAAGCGGUAGACGAAACGGUUGAGGAAGGCAAGGAGCUGGUGCAUGAUGUCAAAGAUAGUGUGGUGGAAGCAAAGGACCACACCGUGGAAGCGCUUACAGCAGCUAAAGACAGCGUCGAACACGAGAAGGACGAGCUAGGCAAGAAGAGCAAAAGUAAAGUCAAGGAUGCCAAGAAAGCUGUGGGUGGCUUCUUCGGCUCACUCAUGGGCAAGGGCAAGGAGGCAGUAGACACCGUUAGCGAGAAAGUAGAGGAGACCGCCAAGGACGCUUCCGAGUCUGUGACAGCCGAAGUUGCGGACCUGUCUCAGAAAGUUGAAGACAAGGCUGACAAAGUGAAAGCGGCAUCUUCUGAGGUUGCCACUGACGUUAAGGACGCAGCUGAGGCAGUCACGGACGGCGUCAAAUCUGGGGUGGAAACGGCUGUUACCGCUGUAGACGAUGCUGUCACGGGCGCCGAAAAAGCGGUAGACGAAACGGUUGAGGAAGGCAAGGAGCUGGUGCAUGAUGUCAAAGAUAGUGUGGUGGAAGCAAAGGACCACACCGUGGAAGCGCUUACAGCAGCUAAAGACAGCGUCGAACACGAGAAGGACGAGCUAGGCAAGAAGAGCAAAAGUAAAGUCAAGGAUGCCAAGAAAGCUGUGGGUGGCUUCUUCGGCUCACUCAUGGGCAAGGGCAAGGAGGCAGUAGACACCGUUAGCGAGAAAGUAGAGGAGACCGCCAAGGACGCUUCCGAGUCUGUGACAGCCGAAGUUGCGGACCUGUCUCAGAAAGUUGAAGACAAGGCUGACAAAGUGAAAGCGGCAUCUUCUGAGGUUGCCACUGACGUUAAGGACGCAGCUGAGGCAGUCACGGACGGCGUCAAAUCUGGGGUGGAAACGGCUGUUACCGCUGUAGACGAUGCUGUCACGGGCGCCGAAAAAGCGGUAGACGAAACGGUUGAGGAAGGCAAGGAGCUGGUGCAUGAUGUCAAAGAUAGUGUGGUGGAAGCAAAGGACCACACCGUGGAAGCGCUUACAGCAGCUAAAGACAGCGUCGAACACGAGAAGGACGAGCUAGGCAAGAAGAGCAAAAGUAAAGUCAAGGAUGCCAAGAAAGCUGUGGGUGGCUUCUUCGGCUCACUCAUGGGCAAGGGCAAGGAGGCAGUAGACACCGUUAGCGAGAAAGUAGAGGAGACCGCCAAGGACGCUUCCGAGUCUGUGACAGCCGAAGUUGCGGACCUGUCUCAGAAAGUUGAAGACAAGGCUGACAAAGUGAAAGCGGCAUCUUCUGAGGUUGCCACUGACGACGCAGCUGAGGCAGUCACGGACGGCGUCAAAUCUGGGGUGGAAACGGCUGUUACCGCUGUAGACGAUGCUGUCACGGGCGCCGAAAAAGCGGUAGACGAAACGGUUGAGGAAGGCAAGGAGCUGGUGCAUGAUGUCAAAGAUAGUGUGGUGGAAGCAAAGGACCACACCGUGGAAGCGCUUACAGCAGCUAAAGACAGCGUCGAACACGAGAAGGACGAGCUAGGCAAGAAGAGCAAAAGUAAAGUCAAGGAUGCCAAGAAAGCUGUGGGUGGCUUCUUCGGCUCACUCAUGGGCAAGGACGGCGUCACGGGCGCCGAAAAAGCGGUAGACGAAACGGUUGAGGAAGGCAAGGAGCUGGUGCAUGAUGUCAAAGAUAGUGUGGUGGAAGCAAAGGACCACACCGUGGAAGCGCUUACAGCAGCUAAAGACAGCGUCGAACACGAGAAGGACGAGCUAGGCAAGAAGAGCAAAAGUAAAGUCAAGGAUGCCAAGAAAGCUGUGGGUGGCUUCUUCGGCUCACUCAUGGGCAAGGGCAAGGAGGCAGUAGACACCGUUAGCGAGAAAGUAGAGGAGACCGCCAAGGACGCUUCCGAGUCUGUGGCUGCCGAAGUUGCGGACCUGUCUCAGAAAGUUGAAGACAAGGCUGACAAAGUGAAAGCGGCAUCUUCUGAGGUUGCCACUGACGUUAAGGACGCAGCUGAGGCAGUCACGGACGGCGUCAAAUCUGGGGUGGAAACGGCUGUUACCGCUGUAGACGAUGCUGUCACGGGCGCCGAAAAAGCGGUAGACGAAACGGUUGAGGAAGGCAAGGAGCUGGUGCAUGAUGUCAAAGAUAGUGUGGUGGAAGCAAAGGACCACACCGUGGAAGCGCUUACAGCAGCUAAAGACAGCGUCGAACACGAGAAGGACGAGCUAGGCAAGAAGAGCAAAAGUAAAGUCAAGGAUGCCAAGAAAGCUGUGGGUGGCUUCUUCGGCUCACUCAUGGGCAAGGGCAAGGAGGCAGUAGACACCGUUAGCGAGAAAGUAGAGGAGACCGCCAAGGACGCUUCCGAGUCUGUGACAGCCGAAGUUGCGGACCUGUCUCAGAAAGUUGAAGACAAGGCUGACAAAGUGAAAGCGGCAUCUUCUGAGGUUGCCACUGACGUUAAGGACGCAGCUGAGGCAGUCACGGACGGCGUCAAAUCUGGGGUGGAAACGGCUGUUACCGCUGUAGACGAUGCUGUCACGGGCGCCGAAAAAGCGGUGGACGAAACGGUUGAGGAUGGCAAGCAGCUGGUGCAUGAUGUUAAAGAUAGUGUGGUGGAAGCAAAGGACCACACCGUGGAAGCGCUUACAGCAGCUAAAGACAGCGUCGAACACGAGAAGGACGAGCUAGGCAAGAAGAGCAAAAGUAAAGUCAAGGAUGCCAAGAAAGCUGUGGGUGGCUUCUUCGGCUCACUCAUGGGCAAGGGCAAGGAGGCAGUAGACACCGUUAGCGAGAAAGUAGAGGAGACCGCCAAGGACGCUUCCGAGUCUGUGACAGCCGAAGUUGCGGACCUGUCUCAGAAAGUUGAAGACAAGGCUGACAAAGUGAAAGCGGCAUCUUCUGAGGUUGCCACUGACGUUAAGGACGCAGCUGAGGCAGUCACGGACGGCGUCAAAUCUGGGGUGGAAACGGCUGUUACCGCUGCAGACAAAGCUGUCGCUGGCGCCGAAAAAGUUUUAGAUUAUUCAGAAAUGGAGCAUCAUGAAAUCGCAAGUGGCAUGAAAUACGCAUCUGAUUCGAAUUCUCCUGAUAUAUUUGAGAAGGUUGAUGAUACUUCUGCGAUAAUUGACGUUUUAUCUCAAUCCGGUAUUGGCGGUCAAAUUACGUUCAAAACAUCAACUCUGUCACAGUCAUCGGGAAUGUCAGUUAAAUGCGAAGUUGAUAUCGCUGAGUCUUUAAUCGAGCGUUCUGAAGUUAUUUCCUCAACCAGUGAGUCUGUUUUGCCUAGUGUUCAACGGGACCGUUCAAUUGAUAGUGAUUUGGUUCUAGAAACGUGUGUCAAAAUUGAUUCAGUGACUCACGUUUUUGAAAGUUCGUCACAUUCUUCUGGUGAACGUGUUAUUAUUUCUUCCAAAAUUUCCCAUAUGGAACUUCCAGAUAUUGUCAGCAGCAAACAUGAUGGUGGAUCUUAUGGCACUGCCUUAAAUAGUCAGGCAAAUGAAAAUGAUCCUCACCAUUUUGAUGCCUUCGAUUCUGUAACUGAGACUUCUAUGUCUAGUACGUUUGUUAAAAGUUCUCUGGAAACGUCGUCAGAAGUGUUAAAAUCAAGUUCUCCCAUUGAUCAUGUUGCGUCUUCAUCCCAAAUGGCUUUGUCUCUUGAUCGCCUUGGCUCUGAAUCUACACUGCCCGAGCCCUCUGCUGUUUCUCCUGCCAUUUCAAGCAGUCCGGUACAUUCGGAAAAACAUGACUCGUGUGAAAAGCCAGUUCUAGAGGAAAUUGUGGUACCCUCUCGUUUGAUUGGUGUUGAGUCGUUGCCAGCUGAUUCUGGUUGCGAAGAGCCUGUUUGCGUUCAGAAAAUAAUAAAGAAGCCACCAGUUGAUGAAUUACUUGAUGAUUUGGCCAUGGAUUUGUCAGAAUUCCGAGUUGUUGGCAAAGAUGAGCUACACCAUUCGAGCAGGAAGAUAAGUCCUGUCCAUUCACGUUCUCCUAGGGAUUUAACAUCGGUUGACAGUGCAGCUACUCCUGUCGUGGCAGACGAGGAAUUAUGUGUUAGGCGCGUUGCAAGGGAGCUUGACGACUCCGAACAUGAAUCACCUUCUGUAGAUACCGUGUCUGAAAGCGAAAAACCCUUUGAUAAAGUUGGUGAUGGCUUUAAAUCACCUCUUGAUGAAACUGCACAGUUUUUGGCCGAAGAGAGGAGACUUUACCAAUCGGUUGUACCUAGAAGUGACGAGAAACCUGACAUUGGGGAAAUGAUUGUCAGCAUAACCCCAUCUGCGCUAGAACUUGAUUUUGUCGCAAAAGAGGCGCAAGAAUUGCAGUCUGAAAAGAAAUCUGGUAAAAGUUCUGAGCAGGUUGCGUCGCCUAAAAAAUCCCCGAAAACAUCAGAAGUUGUUGUUACGGAGCAACUUGAAAAAGAGAUCAGUUUGACAUUUUCUGAACCAGUUGAAAAAAAUGUACGACUGUCGAAAAUGGAGCAGUCCUCUUCAUUAAAGUCACAGGACAAACCUGAACAAAUAACUUUAUUACUUACGAAAGGUUCUGUCUCAGAAUCGGACAUUGUCACAUCUUCCACUCACAUUCCUCCCUCUAUUGGGUUCUCAGGUUCUCAUCACAAAGACGAUACAAUACAAGUAGAAACUCAAAGCAAAGGAAAUGUCGUAAGAACUUCGCACAUUUCGAGUAUAACUGACAUUUCUUUACCUUCUGAUACUGUGGAAAGUAAAGUUAAGGUUGUUACUGAGCUGACAGGUGCUGAGGAAACGAGCUUGGGGACGACUGCACCUAUUGCUGAACUAGAUAACCUUAUUGUAAAUCAGGAAAUAUUAGUUGUUGAUAAUUCUCAAGGCAGUGCAGGACUGUAUAGCAGCACUGUCUACAAAUCUCCUGCCUCUGAAACUGCUGCGCGGCCAGAAGGAAUAGCCUUUUGCUUGGAUACUGCAGCUGAAGAAGCGUCGUCUGACGUCACCGAUGUGUCUAUAACAACAGUUUCCGAAGCAGCGGAAACAGGUUCAAGCUUUGAAAUUUCUGAUACUUCGAUUGAUAGGGAUUCAUUGACGGGGGCCGGUGAGAGCACGGGCAAUGGGGAUAGCAGUGUGUUGUCGACUUGCAGAAUUGUUAGUGGAGAAAUGCGUCCGGCAAGCCGAAUUUCAUGCACAUUCUCUAGUUCCCAAGACAUUGACUCAGAAAGAGAUUCAUCCGUUAGAGACAUUGACGUGUUAAGUGGAACAGAAAGUAAUGAACACAUUGAGGAGGAUAUUGUUUCCACUCAAGGCUUACUCACAGAAGCGCAUGACACUGAUCAAGAGCACAGCUGGGUCAGAACUGAAGACAUAAUCUCUGACGAUGCUAUUGAAAUAACUGUGAGAGAAAAUGUUUCAACUCAGGCAAGUGAUAAUUCUGAGGAUAGCUCUGAUCUUACUACGUCACACGGAAUAAAAAAGGAAACGCAGCCCUUGUCCCAUGUAUUAAUGGAGGAAGGCCGACAAAACUUCGGCAAGAAAAAAACAGAAUUUACGAGCUUAAGGACUCAAGGAAAAGACAGUGCCGAAAAGGUUCGGCAUACUAGACAGCAAACGUCUAAGCCACUAUCUAGCGGAAAAGCAGCGGUUUCGAGAGAUGCAACAACGUCUAGGAAAGUGGCUAGCUCUGAUGCGGGCAGUAAGAAAUCAACACUGUCACUUGGAAAGGACGGAGUUGAAAAGUCUUCUACGCCAAAGGCAACAAAGACCAUAAGUAAAAAGACAUCCCUGACGGAAACCGGCAAGGAUUACGUAAGUCCGUACAGACAAACUUCACGGUCCGAGUCUGUGCCGAAACCUAGGCCUAUGUUCCAUUACAUGCAGUCCACAAAAUCAAGGGAUGCAAAACUUGAAAAGGAAGCCAGUGAAGUGAGCAGAACACAAUCACAGGCAUCAUCACGAGAGGGCAGCCCACUUAAGAAGCCUGCAGUCCAGCAAUAUAAACAAGCUGCUCACUCGAGGCCCUCUAGCGUCUCUUCAACAUCUUCGUCUGUCCGACGAGUCUCAGAGAGCAGCAGCGCGUCCAGUACUCGAAGUAGUGUCACUCGGACAAAAGUUUUGCAGCCAGCAAGUACAUCUACCACUAAAACAGAUCAAAAGUCUCAGAAAGAAGUUACUCGAAGUGCAACCAGUACGAGGACGCAUCUGACGUCCCGUGUAUCAAGCGUUGAGCAAAGCAAGUCGUCCACGGUCUUGGCAAGCUCGCAACGGACUGCAAAGAAAACUAUUGUUGCAGUAACGGAACCGUCCAAAAUUCAAAGACGCGCCAUCCCAAGCCAAACGUCCACGAAAACUAAAGUGAAGCCGUCCAAAACGCUGGUUAAGGCGGAGGAACAGGUGCCGUCCGUUGAUGUGGUUUCAGCGGAGUUAGAGAGCCCAUCCGUCCUUACAGAGUCAACAGGGCCUCUAAGCUCGUUUCCGGAGUCACCGUUGGCUCCUCGGCGUGCCGCGUCGGCACCAAUUCCUUCAACAAAAGACAAUGUGAUGAACUACCUGCACCCGCGUCUGCAGACGUCGCUCCCUUCAAGUCCCAGUAAGCUCGCGCGAGCGAGUCAGCAAGGACUUGUUACGCAGCUGCUCACCUCGGAAGUAUUUACGCGAACAGUCGAAUCCACUGAGGCUGUAGAAGUGGUUUACCACCAACCUGAGCGGCAGCGUCGACCAACAGACGGCGAACAGUCGUUUAUUGACACCACUGACUCCUCUCUGUCAGAGUCCACAGCCAUUCCUUCGUCGUCAACGUCGUCAGAUCGGAGGCGUUCGCGUUCUACGUCACCCAAGGCGUCUAAGCGCUCAGACGUGGUUUCAUCGGUGGAUACCGCAGAAACGGUGCGUGAACCUGGAAACACUGACGAUAUAGAAGCAAAUGGGUGUUUGGAACAGAAUAAGCCGGUGGGAGUUUGUCGCGGGAGACUCUUAGAGUCACAAGGAGGAGUCGAUGCUUCAAAAACACAGCCGACAACACUAGAAGGAAGCCUGGAAGAAGUCGCAGAGCCCAAUGCUGAAUCAAAACGUACUUCCCAAGAUGCAUCUAGUAUUCCUUCCUUCACAGGCGAAGGGAGUUCCCCAAAAUCUUUAGACGGUUUAAACAGACAAUCUGUUGUCGAGGAAACGAUAGUGAAAGCAGCAGUAAACCCUGUGCCAUCAAGGGAUUCUAAUGGAAAAUAUGACAAAGAAGUUGACAAGAAAAAAGAGAAGAAAGAAAAAGAAAAGGAGGAAAAGGAGCGUAAAAAGAAAGAGAAGAAAGAAAGAGAGCUGAAAGAAAAGGAAGAAAAGGAUAGGAAAGAGCGAGAAAAGAAGGAACGAAAGGAACAAGAAAAGCGAGAGAAAGAAGAGAGGCAGCGAAGGGAGAAGGAAGAAAAAAGGAACAAAACACUGAAGGAAAAGGCAGACAAGGAAAAGAUGGAGAAAGAAAAGAAAAUUAUCGCCAAGAAUCCCCGUUUUGAGAAGGAAGGCAGCAUUGAAAACAAGGGCGUCGUUGAAGAUAUAUUUGUGAAGGCAACUAAAGAUUCACCACAAGUUUCACAAACUUCUUUCGUGGUCGUACGUAAAGUUGACCCCGCUUCUGUAGCUGCACCUGCAGAAUCGCAUGGAUCUGUUGAGGUCGUACCUACGUCACAACUACUGGCAAAGCAAACAAAAGAUGACACUACAACUGUAAAUGACGUUGAACAGCAACAAAAAGAAAGGGCCCUCCACGCAUCGUUUGUAAGAACAACGUCACUUAUCGACACCAAGGCGCUUAUUGACAACGAGCAGGCACAUUCAUUGGCUCAACACGGACCCGCCCGGGCGUUGUCGCUGCAGUCUGCAACGCAUGAGUCGGACAAACUCCAAAGCAGCCCAUCACAAGAACAAAUCAAAAACUCUGAACCGAAAGAACUGCAAACCAGUGACGUUACAAUUCCAUCGGAAUCUAACACUGCUGACGUGCCAAACAAGCGCCAUUCAUCUUUUGACAAAGGGACAUUAUCAGAACGUGUCAGAGAGACCAGUCAAGAUAGUGAAGAGCACGCUCACCCCGACUCUGUUUUGCCUAAGGUUAUACAGCAAGAAAAAAUGUCACUUGGCAGUGCCGAGGAAACGCACCAAAAUAUUUCUCAUCCGGUGGUGAGUACGACUGCUAGGAUUCAGUCCUGCAACGAUGCAAUUUUAGAAAAUUCUAAAGGAUCAGAGCAGUCACCAACACCAAGGGUGGACUUGAACAUAUCAGGUAUCACAAGGGACAUUGAAGAAAUUAUUAGCACGGCUGCAGCCGCUGUGAAGCAGCCUGCCCAAAGUCAUCCUCCUGCAACUUCAAUCAUUCUUCAGGGUUCCAUACCAGAAGACAUCCAGUCAGAAAACACCCCGACGGGUGUUGUUUCGGAACAACUAACAGAAGUGACGACAUUCCAGGUCCAACGGGACUUGCUGGAAAAACGUUCUGUGGGUAAAGUUGAAGAAAUUGCUGCAUUGGGAAAGGUUCAAGAAACGCACCAAUACCAAGGUCAAGUCAGUUCAGAGAAAAGUUUUGUUGCCCCAAACCCCAUUUUUCCACUAAGCAGUGAAACAGAAAAACGGGUUACCUUUGACGUUCCUCAGGAUGCUAAAAAUUGUACGGGAUCUAAACUCACCAACGACACAAUUUAUGCAACUGACCAGAAAGAUCGAGAAAAGCUAGAAGAAGAAACAACAACUGGCACACUCUUGCCUGAAAAGAACGUCACAUCUCAAGUGACAACCACGUUUAAAACAGAAAAAGUACCUGUAGAACCUGGAAAACCUCCACAUGUUGUGAACACAGUCACAGAGAAAGUCGUUUCUCCUACUGGCGUGCCCGAACAAGUAGUUACAACUGUAACAGAUAAAAAGUUUUUUGACAGUGGAAGGCCGGAUCAGGUUACAACAACAAUAACUGAAAAGAAAUUUUCCGAAACGGGAAGACCGGACCAAGUCACUACAACAGUAACUGAGAAGGUGUUCACAGAAAUGGGUGCUCCCACACAAAUUAUCAAAACAACAGUUACUGAAAAAAUGUCAUUAGUUGAUGGCAAGCCAACUGAAAUCGUCAAAACUGUAGAAACAGACAGCCCCUUAGAAGAGAUGGUGACUUUCCUGUCGGGUAGCACAGAUAUGCUCCAGAAGAGUCAGCCGCUUUUAGCAGAUUUAUCGGACGACCAAAAACAAACCGUUCAUUCAUUUUUAAAAGGAGCAGACUCAUUGCCUUCGGACAGUUUUACUACUGUUACGACUGAAAGAACCGUGGCUGGUCCCGAUGGAAAAACAGCAACUGUUCGAACGCAGAAAAUUUUUACAACCGAAGAGUCUUUUGACGUUCCACUUCUCGAUGAAGAGUUUUUAAGGGAAACCCCAAAAGUAACAGUAGUUACCAAGGAAACCACGACAAUAACGUCUUCAGGUGCGCCUGAAAGUACUUCCCAAGACAGCGCCCCACCAAAGGAGUUUUGUUACGUGACUACUCCUACAAUGCAGAGGCGUGCUCACUCCCAGCGGCGGACGGGGGAAGAACGACCGCUUCCGAUUGACGUGUCUUAUUUGCAGGACGACAACUCGGACGACGAAGAGUAUAUCGUGACUGAGCCUCAGGAGGAUGACAGAAACGUUGAAGACAGGUAUAGAAUAAACUCCUCUCCUGAAAUACUUCACUUGCCACAUUCCGUGCGCGAAACUCGCAGACUCUCGCCAGAUCCAAAUAGAGUGAAGUUUCAGCUCGGGUCCCUAGAUUCACAGGAUUCUGUCUCUUCAGACCCAACAACGCCAAUAACGCCUAGCGCCAAAGUUCACAAAUUUACCGUUGAACGUGUCGAAGAAGAAUCCAUCGGGAAAGCUAUCCCAGAAAGUAGUUCAACCGCAAUGGAAAAUUCCGAAAGCCAGCCCACAGAUGCAGCUGUGAGUGACAAGAAGCUUCGCCGCGUAGAGCGGCACUUCGAACGAAUGGCCUCGCAAAGUUUGGCAGAAGGGACCACACCAGUUCGAGACGUCGAUUUCCAGCGCGUAGUCUCUCAGCUUUCUCAAGAGGAAGUCGCCCUGUCAGAGGAUGAGUACGAGAAUUUGCUGGCCCAAGUGACAACGCCCUCCGAUGAAUGGGAUUCCCAGGGCGGAACAGACGAUUCUCCUGAAGAGCGCACCGCCCGUCAGUUUGCGGACGGGUUGGGAGUCGGACAGGAUGGAUCAGUGGCGCAGCCCCUCUCUUCCUAUCCCCUCCCCACUCCAAGCCACCUUGACAAAGACGACAGUGACCCUGACUCUGAACCAGCAAUUCAAGAAAACAUUAAGAGCUACUCGGAGCGGCGUGCUUUUUGGGAGCAAAAAGCGAGCUCAGGAUCUGGAGAGACUCCUUUGACUACACCCAUCACCACCCCUGGAUUGACUUUUGAAAAGUCUCUUCAGGCAGCAGCAACAGUCCAAACGGCACCACUGCCUAUUCCAAGACAAAUACGAACGGAGAGUGUGGACUCAGAAGCGGAAUACUUGGCACAGCAUGGCCGCAACCCAGGAGUCGAGAAUGUGGCGUUCAAUGAAGAGGAGCCCAGUGCUCCAAGACGGCCAGCAAGGAUGCAUUCUGUCGAUGAAUACAGUGAAACGCCGCCCCCAGUUGCAGUCAGAAAAGCCAUAUAUGAGCGAUCCAUUUCACUUCCAUGCACUGAUGUACCUGAUCAUUCAAAGCGAAAACGGCAGUUUGAAGACCAUUUAAAGAAAGAGAUGGUAGCCGAAAACUUAAUGCAACAACUAGAAGAGGAGGCUGUGCCCGAGCACAAAGACCUACCACAUCGAAGCUUUAGUGAAGACCCAGAAGAUUCGUUGCUCUCUGACGAGGCAUUUGACACGGAGGUGUGCUCAGACGUGUCUUCUGUUAAAGAUUUGGCCCUUGGUGUUGACAAGAAACAGUCGUUGGAAGGGUACAUGAGGGAGACAGCCGAGGCGCUUGUUGAGGAGACAAUGCACAAUGCUGAGGCCAUUGUGCACAGAGCAGAGGAACAUGUGAUUCAAGAUCCAGAGGAGGAAGUACUCGAAUGGCACGGUGUUCAAGACCUAAAGAACCGAUUUGAAGGGGUCGCUACUCAGGAUACUGAUCGUAGGGGGCGUGAAAACAACCUGGAUGAAAAAACAAACACCGAACUGAGAAGAGAAAGCCUUGCUCGCACGCACGAGAUAACAAGCUCAAAACUUGCCGAAGUAAUGCAAUACAAGGGAGAAAACCUAAGCAAGCCAUCAGACUCUCUGGAAGUGCAUGUUGACAAGAGUGAAACAGAAGACACUGAAAAGUCACGAGAUCUUGACGACGAUAUCAGGGAAUUGGAGAGACAACGUCGAGCAGAUUCUAGAGUUUCCAGUGCUGACAGCAAAGGCACUCGUGGCCCAGGAGAUCAUCAAAGUCAGAGUUCUAGUGAAGAUACUCAGUGUGAGUCAGAUGUAACACCAGAAGAUCAGGCUGAUGGGCAUUCCCUGUACCAACCCCAUCAACAAAUACAAGAUAUAGUGUGGGAGGUUGGUGUUCAGGAACAGCCAGAACCUUUGGCGGAAGAAUUUGUUCAAGACAUUCUAGUGCCAUCCGGCCAACUGAUUCUUCAAAAUGGUGACUAUAACGACAAUUCCAAGGAGGUACUUUACAAUGGCUCCCCUGCAAGUGCACAUAUCACAGAAGAGGAAGCGAGAAAAGUGGCCGAAGAGCUUGUUCAAAAUAUUGAGGAAGAAGUUUCGAAAAGGAAUAUAGAGUCACCAAUAAUUGAGACGAUACGACAGAUAGCCGAAGAAAAGAAUCUUGAAAAACGUGAAAUUGAGUUAAUGGAGUCACUUUUGGCAAAGAAGCAGCGCGACCAAGGACACCUUUUUUCUCGCACAGACACAACAACAUCUAGUAUGGAAAUAACAGAUGAGGAUUUACGAAGCAGUGGAGUUGAGAUAGACCUUUCCCCAACUGAAAGUCAAUCAGGCUUAUAUCAGUGUAUGGACCCCAGAGCAAGACAAGAAGAUGAAAAACCUGAAGCUUUACGAUCAGAAGAUAUCGAUCUCAGUGACCUCAAACCAGAUCCAAUUCAAAUUGACGAUGUCCCAACAAACGAUAAAAUGCACAAACAUUUCUCCAUAAUCGAAGAGUCAGACGAAUGUGACACACGUUCAGACCAAUCUGAUGUCAAAACAGACCCCUCAAAAAAGCAGAAACUAAAUUCUGAACCUAUUGAUGAACUUCAACAAUCCCUUGACGCCGUCAACGAAGAACUAGAUGAAGAGUUUAUAGUUAAAUCUGAAGACACGACUGGAAACGACUUUAGGAGUUUGCAUGUAGCACAGAUUAUUGAAGAAGAGCCAACUAUUGAGUGCACAUUUGAAACGUUUUCUACUGACUGCAUUCCUCAGGGCUCUCCUACAGGUUCUACCACAAGCAGUGGAGGGAAGCGGACGCCACCACCAAAGCCAGAGAGAAAAUUUUCUGCUCAUAGAGAGGGUCGUGAAGAAAGUACUCCAGAAAUAUGUUUAAAGCUUGACAGGCCUGUAGACAGGACGUCAGAAAACUUUUCUAUUAGAGCUGAGAGUACUGAAUCCCAAAAGUCCUCGUCUCAAGAUGACCGUUCUCCCCUAAGCUCUGGAGACGCAGCGAAAGAAAUAAGCGACGGUUCGGGGGUUGUCCGAAGGCAUGCCUCCCGCCCUGAAGCGGAAUCUUCGAGCUCCGGUGAACGAAGUGGUGGUCUGCACCCAGAUCGACGAUCAGGGGCUGAUUUUGACCCGUAUUCCAGCUCUAGUGAAAGUCAUUACCAAUCUUUUGAACAGUCGUACAGCAGACCCUGUUCAUCAGACGUUGAAGGGCUCCUAGCCCUAACCACGGGUUCGUCUGAAUACGAGUCUGCUAUUGCUUCUACUCGAUCGGUAACUUCAACAGAGUACCAAACAGCAGUGAGUUCGCUUAGUUCCAGGGAGUCAAUGAAGUCACUAGACUCAGAAAGUAGUGGACACCUUGCCAGCAUCGAGGUAUCUAGUGAAGCUUCCGAAACGCUAGUGCCAUCCGGAACGGAUCUAGAUGACAUGGAUGACAGCAGCAUUAAUCUUGCCCUAGAUGAAGAUCUUGACCGCAGAAUGCAAGAACACUGUGACCUCAGCAGAGUUAGCACACUUCAGUCAGACAGUCGAACAGGAAAGCUUCCAAGUACUGAAAUAUCUGAUGACGAUGCCGAGGACACUAGAGAUCAGAUUGAAACAGACGAAGAGGAUGAAAUACCACACAUUAUGAAGCGUUCUCAUGAAAUGACUUUCAAUGCAGAUACCAAGGCACGUUUGACUGGCCGCUCUGAGUCAUCCACAGAUGCCCCCGAAGACAAACUUGCGUCGAGCAUGGAUGGCGACACCGGCAGUGUGUUGAGCAUGAGCAUUUCCAGUGCUUCUGAAACAGUUGCUGUGAAAACAAUAAUAGAACUAUCUCGAACGGACUCUGAUAAGAUGGAUGCUUCUGGGACAUCAGAACUUUUGACAGCGUCCGCUACAUCACAGGAAAUGAGCUAUUCAUCUGAGUCUAGGGAGGAGCCAGAUGAUACUCUAGCAGCACCGACCACUCCAAGAACAAUUGACUCAGGGACGUCCACUCCAACACACCAGCGAGACACAACGGUAUCUUCUGUUACAUUGACAACAACCAGUGUCGCAGAAAAUGGAAUUCAAUCUGCAAGCACUCAAGUUACCUCAGAAACAACAUCAUCCACUUCAGAGCCUCCACGUAGGUCACACAGGAGAAAUGAAAGCACAAGUAAUUUCUCAUCUUUCAUUCCACCUAAACCAGCCAGUGAUUUUGAUGUAAAUACUACUAUUAAAGAAUGUACGGUUUCUGAGAGUGCAGAAAGUGAAGUAAGUUUCAGCGAACAGGCAAUUUCACGAAGAGAGGCUGAUGACACUGACAAAAAAAGUGUUGAUGAACAGCUGGAGGAGUCGUAUCAAACGGAGGCGGAUCAAGCUUUUCACCGGGAAGCGCGAGAAGGCAGGUACUUGUCAGACGACGUGGAGCCAGAAUUGGAACAGCUAGACGGAAGCCGGCCGCACUCUCAAGUCAGUAAGUCUGACUCCGAGAGUGGCCACCGAGCCGUGUCUUCGGGCUUUUCAGACGAGCGUGCAGACUCCGAACUGGCCGAGGUACUGCGGCAAGGCUCUUCUGACACGGCCUGCGAGGACCCUAUCGAUCGGCCAUUGACACCGGAGCCUGCCGAAGAAGUACAGAUCAAACCCGACGUGGCCGAGUUCUCUUCGGAGGCCCUCGCCAGCCUGUCAGGCUUGGACCUUGAGUACAGUCAGGCACAUGCGUUCAGCCGGACUGUGGAGUACGCGUCGCACGUGAGCCCCCUUAAAGAAAAGCCGUGCGUUGCUUGGGAACACGGAGGCGAGCACGAGGAGGAAAUGGCCGAGGCGGAGGCGGCUUUCCACAUGGUGCCGCACCAUUCACCCCACCACGGGCCUCACCAUCACCACCCUAUGCCCGAAACAAUCAUAGAGGACGAUGACGCUGAGAAUAAUGAACUUGCUGCACGAGAAGCAGCCCUUCAGGAGCAAAUAAGGCGCAGGGAAGAACACAUGCGCAGUAUAUCACCGGCAAACAUCCCAGACAUCACUGUCACUGAGCACAUGGCAGCCAUCCUUGACAAGGAUUACUUGUAUCCUGACUUGGAAAAGGAUGACGAUGAAGUAGUAGAGGAACCUGUCAACGCAAUGACUUCAGUAGGCCAACAAGCAGUGCCUGACAAGAAAGUGACAAGUGAAAUGGAAUCUGUCACUGAAUCACCAACUAGUGAAUCAUUUGAAAUGCUUGAAAAACCAGAUCCUGUGGAGGAGCGCAGUGAGGACGCUGAUGAUUUUGUCAUGAUUGAAGAAGUUGGUCGAGAAGUCCAAGAGAGUGACAGUGAGGGACAAGGUGUUCGAAUUUCAUCGGCAAGCAUUCCCAUUCGGAAAAGAGAAUCUAUGCCAGACGAAGAAGAGGAAUUUAUUGCACAAUCUCCCCCUCCCCUCACGAGACGCAUCAUGGAUGUCAAAUACUACGGCGAGGGUGGAGUCCUUGCUGACGAGGACGACCCGUUCCGUUUUGACACUGGACACGGCCCUCUCGAUGAGUCCUACGAGGAAAAUCCCCCUGAAGAGGAGUUUGAGACAGAAGCAGAUGUGGAGGCGGGCAAAAAGUGGAUUGAAAUGCAGUUUGGUGGGGAGGAGCCUGCUGCUGUUACUACCGGCUACAACUACGAAAUGGACUUUGAGCGGGGACCUUUAGAAGAUAUAAAGGAGGAGGACGAAAUGGGAACGAGCAGCAAAAUUGGCAGCCUUGGCAGCCAGAAAGAAUCUGUUGGCAGUUUUGGCAGUGGAAGCGUAAAAGAAUCCCUGAGUAGUACCCCUGAGUAUGACGUACUUGCAGGUAAAAAGUAUUUUACUCGAUCGGGAGAACAUGAUGACAUAUCCAUGAGUUCUUUGCAGGAGUUUGAGAGCCUGGAGACCCAAGUUGCCUUGGAUGCAGCACACAGGCGCAUGGUAGGCUCUCAGGACUCACUUAACGGAGUGACCAAGAAACGUGUCGCUGGAGAUGACAUUUCACUGGCCUCUCUUGCUGAUUUUGAGAAAAUGGAAAGGGCUUGUGUUGAAGCAGAGCGAAUCGAAGUAAGAGCACGCGUCGAAGAAGCCAUGCUGUCAGAAAUUGACGAGGGGCACGAAAGUCAGGUGUCCGAUUCCGACGAGACAAUUUCUGGAGCAGCCAUGAAAACCAUAGGGGACUCUGAUUCAGAUGAUUAUGACAAGCGGAUGUUUGAAAUUGAUGAAAUUAUCAGACAAGCCCAGUCCAAUGUUGAGCGCUUUGACAAGCCUGGGAGAGUCUCUGGAGGACCUGAAUCAUUUGGCAGAGGCGACUCCUUGGAGGAAGUUGCUCGAGUCCCGGACCUAGAAUACGAUGCUCCGAUUUCCCUUGUAACUAGCACAGACUCCUUAGAACUCCGAAGUAAAUGCCCAGAUUCCAUGGUCACCAGUGCGGACUCUCUCGAGGUGAAAGUAAGCCCCAGCCCACAAAUGCUGACCAGCACGGACUCAAUCGAGCUGCAGCAACAGCUAAAGACACCUCUGAAGGCAGACAUCAUGACUGAUUCUAUCGAGCUCCCUACUGACCCCAGUCACUUAAUAACUUCGUCGGACUCGCUGGAGCUCGAGACUACUCUGGAACGCGGCCCCGAGGCUGAAGACGAAGACGCAUCCCUCGCGGGAAGAGGGAGCAUUCGAUCAGGGACCGGUUCCCUCUACGACCGUAGCAGUUCAAGUGGCCGUGACGGCGAUCUCAGCUCGCUCAGCGCCCAGGGUGCCUGCGCCAGGAUAGACCCCGCCAUGCUAGGGAGCACAGACUCCCUGGAGCCCACGAGCUCCACUGCAACCCACGCCACGUACCAGUACGAGACUGAUUCAAACAUGUCGUCCAGUUUUACGAGUGGUGGCUCCAACACAAUGGUUUCAAGCACCGAGACCUUGGAGGCGUCCGCAUCCAUGGGGGCCGAGGGCGUCUGGUACGACGAGACCUUCGUGGAGGGCGGUCCGUACAUCCGAGAGACGUUGGAGGCCUCGGACGACCCGGAGUACUCACACGUCAUCAGGCGAGUGGUGCAGAGUGCGCCUGAAAUCCGAAAAGUCACAUUCAGGGGACCUUCAGCUGAUGCGGCCAUGAAGAACUUAGUGGAGCAAUUCGGCCCGGGCGACCAGACUGUUGAAACGCAGCACGUAGACCCGGACGGCAACGUUCACAUUAGCAGGGUAGUUCAGCACCGAGUUGUGGUGCAAGGAGAAGUUCCAAGAACAGAUCUAACGGGACCUGAGCUGGAGGACUAUUUACAAAGACACGGUAUGACUGAGACUGACUUAACCACCCUCCUGGCAUCGACCUCCUCCUCCUCCCAGCCCGGGGCUGUAGUGGCUACUACCCAGCAACGACUAACCACCUCCCACCUAACAGGCGAAGGGGCGGCUGGUCCGGCUGUUCCGGCUGCUCCCACCCCAGUCCGUCGGCCACCACCACCCCAUGACAUUAGUGUUGAUGACGAGCCAGAGUAUGACGUUCGGGAGCACGACUGGAGGUUCAACCUGCAGCAUAGCGCCGAGGCCCCGGAGGACGAGGAAGCGGACUCGGUGGAGGAGAAGCAGUGAGGCGAACCUUCGGCCCAGCCUUCGGCCCAGCCCUUGGCGUCACCCCGCUGUCCACGCAGCCAGAUAGGCCCAUUUGACUGUGCGGACACCGGGCGGUGACGCGGCGGCGCGGCGACAGAAGCAGCGCAUCGCCACGGCCUAGCCCUGGCCUAGCCUCCCUCGCCACCACCAGCCGGUCCCGGACCAACUCCCCGAGUGUGACUUGUCCCGAGAGCUUCUGUUCGUGAGAUCCGCGCGUCACGAAUGCGACUCCCCGCACGGAGACGCAGCGUGCCCGUGGUUCCCACGACGACCGAAUUGCUGUUAUGUCUUUGUUUCUUCUGUAUUGCCUACUGGUUUCCAAUAGAUUAAAUACCUAGCAUAGGUUGUUAUCUUGCGUAUAUGUAUACAUCAAGUACCAAACUAUUCAUUCAUAUUUCCUUUGCCUCGUUUAAAUUCAUACACUCUUGAUGUCUCUUGCAUAGGAAAAAAUAUGUUGCCACGUUUAUGUAUUAUUCCUUUCGUAUGGGCAUCAGAUCGGUGACAGUUAGAAAUGUUUCAUAUUUUACCUUGUCGCUGAUAGCUCUGUAGGUAUUUCGCUGUUCAUGCAAUAAUCCGUUUUCUAAACACUUUUUAAAUUCUUAAUUUGGUACUGCUGCAUGUAUAGCUCAGCCUGGUAUUUCUAAAUCCAGCUGCUAGUACUUAUUAUGAUUGAAUAUUUGGUGAAAUAAAGAAAGGGUCACUGCUCUCAUCGGCAGAAGGGUGCUUUUUAAUCGAAAGUUGCGUCAACGUUUGUUAAUGUGUGACUGCGAAUUAUUAUUUAAAUAGUUAAUAGCUAAAAAUCUUUCUAUGCCAUAUGCUGGCUUAUAAUGUUGUUGUUAUUGUUGUUCAAACCACGCCUUUCCUUGUAGCAUCAUAGCUUUUGAAAUGUAUUUUUGUGGUUUCUGUCCGGUUGAAGUUCAGUGAGUGAGCAGGGGAAGAAUAACUUGAGGCGUAGUUUAGAUGGUGUGCACUUAGGCUUGCUCAGGUGUUCUCCUCUAUAAAUCAUAACUGCUUUGUUUUAAUUAUAAGAAGUGAAUUUGGAGGAUGAGAUUAGAUGAAUGGAGAGGUAAUUGGAGAAAACUCCAGAUCCGAAUGAAUGCAUCUGGGUGCGUUAAAAUGAAAAGUCCGCAAACUCAUUGAAUGAUUUGUGGCCAUUGUGUAUGCAUUAUAUUUUGUUCUACAGCAAAACUUUAAUUUGUAUGAAAUUGUACCGACCUAUGCUUUGUCACUAAUCUCGGAGGAAAUAAAAACGAGUAUAUGAGUUAUAAUACAAA